GGGAAAGCGGAGGCAAGGCAUUGUAAAAGAAUUGCAGCUCCCAGAAGAAGCCGUCCUUCAUUAACUGGAUUUACUUCCUAAUGAUCAGAGCAAGACCCGUUUUGUUUCUCCAGGUGGAAAAGUGAGUUGCAAAGGGGGAAGUGGGUUGGGGUGAAGCAGGUAACAGGGACAAGGGAAACAGCAGGAUUUGAAUCCAGUGGCACCUUAGAGACCAACAAGAUUUUCAGAGAGUCAGAGCUCCCUUCUUCAGACACUGGGAGGGGCAAGGCAGGAAAAAGGACUACGUCAGAGAAAAUAAGAUUGCCCGCAGCCUAAAUAUUUUCACGGAUUACUACCUGUGCUCCCCAAAUCUACACAGAGGUAGUUAGCUCUCCUGAAGUCGAUUGUUCGUGAGUUAAGAAAAGAGAUUACAGUCAUGGACAUUUAGCUUGAUAAACCUUUGCCAUACAAGGGUCUGCCCGACAGUGGAAUAGCCCUGAAAGGAUUGGAGACCCAAAAUGGCAGCCACUGCUUCCAUUAUUCCUUCAGAAGAGGUGGCGUUGGUGGUUUUGGGGAAGGACAAGUUGAAACAAAGCUAUCCUCAGGAGCACAAUUCUGAGGAUCCUGAAGCGACCCUACGAUGGAGUGAUGCCUGUCACGGUUCUACUUGUGAAACUGCAGUGCUUGGUGUGUCCAAGAGUGACAUGAGGCCUAGUCCUGAGGGGAGCAGAGAAGAUGCCAAAGAGCGGCCUGUUAUGGAUGAUGAAGCCUUCCCCAAAACUCCCACUACCAGGGAGGAUGACGAGGGUAGCAAUGGGAUGCCUGAAGUGGCAGCUCACGUCUUCGUCCCCAUUGACCCCUGUUGCAUCGAACGCACCCCAACAGGUGACACAAAGAAGAGGAAGCAACAGGAAUACGAGGAGGAAAUUGUGCGCUGCGAAAAGGAGAAGGGCGACUCUGAGAAACAGAACUUCAUUGUUCACGGGUAUUCAGCACACUUUGAUGACUUGCCCAGCUAUGACGGAGAACAAGCCAAAUCAUUGUCUGAGAGGCUGCAGUGCCUACAGUGUCGCAACUGCAACUCUAUCAGCCUUAAGGCUGUGGCUUCCAUGAUUGGAGCCACAAUCAUUUUCCCUUGCCUGAUUUAUGGUGGCUAUGUCUUCUUGCCCUUUGACGCACCUCUAAUGCCUACUGUGAGCGCCCGUUUGGUUUACACACUUCGCUGUGGGGUGUUUGCCACUUUCCCAAUCAUUAUAGGAAUGGUUGUAUAUGGGGUGUCUCGCCUCUGCUUCUCCUCACUACAGCCCUUUGGAGAGCUGCGGCGGGAAGUGGAGAUCCACCGCCAUUACGUGUCCCAGUCGGUCCACCUCUUCAUCCUGUACUUUUUCAACAUUGCAGUUCUCUCCACUUACCUGCCUCAGGAAGCUCUUAAACUCAUCCCUCUGCUGACAGCCCUCUUUGCUAUUUCACGGCUCCUCUACUGGCUGGCCUAUGCCAUGGGCCGUUCUUUCCGAGGAUUUGGCUUCGGCUUGACAUUCCUUCCUCUUGUUGCCAUGCUCCUGUUCAACCUCUACAGCAUGUUUCUCUUGGAUCCAGAUAAUAUGUUCGCCAUAGGAGACGGCAGUGCAGAAACAUCACUGGAGAAGGAAAAGCAGUUGUCAGCCUCCAAGCCUAGAUACUGGGGUUGAAGAGAAAUUGGCAGAGAUGAGACAGAUGGGGAAGGAAUAAGUCUGAAACAAGGGAAACCCAACAGCAAUCCUUGAUGGUUGUGUUGCCUAAAGCUUUAGGCCAGAGGCCUUGAACUAGUCAUGAAGCGUACAGAAAUAUUACAAGAAGAUGCUCAUGUUCUACUGCGUGAAUGACUGAUGGGUUGAAAUGGGUGAAGUACUUCCUCACGAGCAUUAAUUUGGUCAAAGGUGCAGGCUAAGCUACACCAGUAACAAGAAAAAUCUUAAUCGCUAGAGUUUACCUCAAGGUUAUACUCAGGCUGUGCCUUAAAACAGGUAAGCUCCACAACGGAAAUGUGAAACAGUCUGUCUAGGGAGCCUUGCUUUCUUAAAAUGGUUGACAGUAAUGGGGUGAGCCACAUACAACUGUCCUUAAAAAUGAGGGGCGGGGGGAGACUAGAGUUACUGACUUCAAGGUAGGGCCUGGAAUUCUCCCAGAAUUCCAAGCUAUCUCCGGCCUACAGAGAUUAGUAUCUGAGGAGGAAAUGGCAGCUUUAGAGCACAGGCUCUAUGAUAUCACAUGCCUACUGAACACUCGGCCCUCCCCCUGCAGACCUCUCAAAUCCCAGAGUUGGCAACCCUAGCAAGCAAUGUUCCUUUAGGCAGCACUUCUGGCCUGCCUGUAAGGCUGAAAUAUGGUAGUCCCAUAACACCAAGGCUCAGUAAAAUGUGAAAACUAGACACAUUUCACCUCUGUGAAUAUUCGGAUGGGAACAACAUUCCAACACACUGCAAACGGCAUCAGAAUCAUGGUGAAAUAGUGGUUGGAUUUCAUUGCCUCUGAGAUUUUUGAAUCUGGGAAAAGGGUAUUUCUGGCAGAAGCCAGGGACAAGCACCUAGACCUACUCAACACAAACUUAAUUUACUAGGUUAUAAAGAAAACAGUCCCUUUUCUGCUAAGUUAGACCAUUUGUCAACUCGUCCCAGUACGGUUUCCUUUCCACUACUGCUCAAGAUCACAUAAAGGCAGAUGGAUCUUGUCUUAUUUCGGUUGCUGGCUCUGACAGACCACUUUAAUUUAAUGGAGUGGCUUGCUCGAACACCAGCUAACCUUUGCAAGAAUAACCUUAGUCAGAGAACAGCCAUUGCCUCCUGCACCACAAAAACCUCUCUUGCCGUAAGAAAAUGGGGAUAAAUACAGUUCUCUGUCCACAGAGACACAGUAGCAUCAGAUGGCACAUUUUGUUAUAUUCAGGUUAAUAUUUUGUCAUACAGUUCCUUUUGAGUCUACGUUUCCUGGGCUGGGGUGGGUGGAGGUCCACAGUGGGAUGGCUUCUUUUCCUCUGUUUCAGUCUGGAAAGAGGGAACACCUUUGUAUGCUAGCUGACUGGCUAUUGCUGCAAGCCCCUCUUCACCAACCGAUUGUUCUUGAUGAGGGCAUCAGAGGAACAGCUGAUCACUGGCUGGCCACCCUCCGCCACAACUGGAUCUGAUUACAACCGCAAAUCCCUUCUCCAAGAACAUUUGUACUGAAUUUUACUGUCAUGUAUCUUUUUUAAUUUAUGUGCACUGGUUUGGGAUUUAAUUCUGGCUGAAAAGGAGAAUAAAAGUAUAAUUUGUA